GCAUCUUCCGCUAGAACGUGGACAGAUACAGCCGCCCUAGCUCUUAUCUUUGCACAUUUAAUGAGGGGAGCGCUUUGGGAGCGAGCGCGCGUGCCAAAUGUUGGAGCGUCGGACUUCGCGAAAUGCUGUACGGCAGCAUACACAGACACGCUCAUCGGGUGUUGCUCUUUGUAUGCUGGUCCGUGGACCCCGUGCAGGGGAAUGGACUACAGAUAUGGGACCUGACACUCUUUCUGAAGAAUCUUCGGUUUAUUGUUACAAAUACAUAUUUGUAUACAGCGGAUGGCCUUGUUCGUCAUCAAGAUGUCGGUAUCCCUAUGGGUACAAACGCUGGUCCUGAGAUUGCCAAUCUUACACUCUAUUGGGAUGAGGCGCAGUACGUGGACAACCUGCAGCGUGUGGAUCCCUCUGCUGCUCGCCGAUAUGCUUUUACAUAUCGGUUCAUUGAUGAUGUUCUUACCUUUGAUUGUCUGCCACCAUCAUCAGCCCAUUAUGGUCUUGAAUGGAAGGAGACCACCGCGACAGAUGGCUCGUGCACCUUCUUAGGUGCGAAACUGCAGACACGAGCAGACGGAUCUCUCAGAUUGAGUGUGUUUGAUAAGACCGUUGCAUGGGAUUUUCCUGUUAUACGAUAUCCUAGUGCAACGUCGAACAUUCCAUCUCAUCAGCCUGCAGGUGUGUUCACUGGCCAGUUUACGCGGUUUGAGCAGAUCUGUGACAAUUGGCGUGAUUUCAAAACGGCAGCAACCAUGCUUGUCCGCCGUUUGCUCUCGCGUGGUCAUGCUCCGUCAACACUGGCCUGUGGAUGGACUUGUUACAUUCGAGCUCGCCAGCGUCGACAUCCAAUACAUGUUGCCAUUGUCGGCUCGGGCGUUUCCGGGCUGUCUGCGGCAUGGGAAAUCGUGAAGGCAGGGCACGAAGUGGUUCUGUACGAAAAGGACAACCACGUGGGAGGCCAUGCAUGGACACUGAACGUGGACGGCAUUGCGGUUGACGUCGGUUUCAUGGUCUUCAACAGGGUGACUUAUCCAAAUCUGGUGAAGUUCUUCGAAGAGCUGCCCGUCGAGAUGGAGCAGUCGGACAUGUCCUUCGCUGUGAGCCUGGAUGGGGGUCGCGGUUGCGAAUGGGGCAGCGCCGGGAUCGGGGCCUUCCUGGCUCAGAAAAGCAACGUUGUCAACCCUCCGUUCCUUUUCAUGAUUCGUGAGAUGCUCAGAUUCGAACGCAAUGUGCUAGAGUUCCUCAAGCGUGAGGAGGGCAAGGAGGCAGGCAUGGCAGAAAAUAGUGAUACCCUAGGGCACUUUCUAAACUCACACGGCUACUCUCAGAAAUUCCGACAGUGUUAUUUGAUUCCUGUCUGCGCAUCAAUUUGGUCCUGUUCUGUGCAGACUGUGCUCGAUUUCUCAGCCAUGGAGGUCUUCCGCUUCCUUCGCAACCACCAUAUGUUGCAGCUCCUUGGCAGGCCUCAGUGGUUGACCCUGAAGGGCAGAUCUAAAACUUACGUCAACAAGGUGGUCCAAAUGAUGGAGAUCCACGGCUCCCAAGUGAGGACCAAGUGUGGGAUUGUCUCUGUCAAGCCAAAUAAUUCCUCUUCGGGCGUGGAGAUUACCGAUGUUGAGGGGAGGAAGGAGAAUUUGGGAGAGACGGGAAGACCUGUCCUGGUCACACUGAAUCCAGAGAAGACACCACAACACCUAGUUUCAUCCUGGAAAAUGGAGCACCCCAUUCCCACAGCUGGGGCAGCGAAGGCGGGACGAGAAUUAAAAGCCAUUCAGGGAAGCAGAGGGGUCUGGUUCUGUGGGGCCUAUCUAGGUUACGGCUUUCACGAAGAUGGAUUCAAGGCGGGUCAAUCAGCAGCCAUGGAUCUGUUGGGCAAGCCAUUCCAAUCUCUCCCCCUUGUCAAACAGUUUGUUCCAUCCUAUUUGGAGUCCUUUGCAAAAUGGGUCGUUCUUCAGUUUCUUAAGGACUUUAUCAAAGUCGGUCACUUUGAGUUGCUUGAAGCAGGUGGUUCCGUUAUGUCUUUCGGCGAACCAGUCACAGGAAUAAACCCUGAUAUCAAAAUUACCCCAUUGCGGUGCAGUGUCCGGGUCAUACGACCUGCAUUCUACUGGAAGGUUGCAACAAGAGCUGAUUUAGGAAUUGCAGAUGCUUAUGUUGAUGGGGAUUUCACUUGCGUCGGGGACAUGCUUGACCUCCUUCUGGUAUUGAUCGCCAAUCGGGACCGGGUCCGUGCUCCUGGAAAAGUGGAGAGGUCCACAAGGCCUUGGUGGAAGCCGCCGUUGCUUACUGCGUGGUUGGGGUCUGCUAUGGCAUACUUUCGACACAUGACAAGAAACAACACCCUGACAAUGGCGAGGCAGAAUAUCGUUGCACAUUACGACUUGAGCAAUGAUAUGUUCAAGCUGUUUCUUGAUGAGACAAUGACCUACUCUUGUGCCAUCUUCAAGGAUCCCAGUGAGAGCUUGAAAACUGCACAGCUGAGGAAACUUCAUGCUCUCAUUGAUAAGGCAAGGAUCAAGCCUCAUCACAGGGUCCUGGAGAUAGGUUUUGGGUGGGGGAGUCUGUCGAUGGAGAUCGUACGGCGAGCAGGCUGCCAUGUCACCGGUAUCACACUGUCACGGCGGCAAUUGGAGUUGGCAGAGAAGCGUGUUCGCGCCGCAGGACUACAGGAUAAAAUUGACUUCAAGCUUGUUGACUAUAGGAAUUUACCUGGAAUUGGCUGCUUUGACCGCAUCCUAUCAUGUGAAAUGCUGGAGGCAGUUGGACACGAGUACUAUGGAACCUUCUUUCAGAACUGCGAUCGACUGCUUGCACCGAAUGGUCUCCUCGUUGUACAGGUUAUCUCAACUCCCGAAGAGAGGUAUGAGGAGUAUCGAAAGAGCUCAGAUUUCAUAAAGGAGUAUAUCUUUCCAGGAUCAACUUGCCCCAGUUUGACUGCCCUUGUGUCUGCCAUGGAAGCCUCGUCAUCAUUCAGUUUGGAGCAUGUUGAGAACAUCGGCACACAUUAUGCGACCACACUUCUGAGAUGGAGGGAGAAUUUUAUGUCACACAAGCGGGAGAUAAAGGAUCUAGGAUUCUCUGAUGCAUUCAUCCGGACUUGGGACUACUAUUUCACAUACUGCGCAGCAGGUUUCCAGACGCGAACCCUCGGAGAUCUUCAGCUUGUCUUCUCUCGCCCUGGCAAUGUGGAAGCUUUGGGUUUACCUGGCGUACUAUGAAUUGCAGCAGGUCCACUGAAACUUUUCAACGUUGAGGAGGUGGUUGUUCUCCACCAAACCUGGGCCCUCAGCUGGGCCAAACAGUUCCGGGCCAAACCUGGGUCAGUUAUGGGCCAAACCCUAAACCUGGUCCACUUGUGGGCCAAAAUCUGGCCCAAUCCUGGGCUUUCAGCUACAGACAGGUGCAACCAGUGUUGGCGCGGCAAGCAAUUUCUUGAGCGUAUCCUCAGCCUCCAUCCAUAUCAAUGGCUGCAAUUGUCGGAUGGCGUCAGAGGGAGUGGUGGCGUGAGCUCGACUUUGAAUGACAUCUGAGCAGCAGCGGGCCGGCUAGACCAAAGCGAAGUGAGAUGCAUGAACAAUCGCUCGAUGGUAGCAUGUCCAAUCAUCAAACUGUUGAUCACAAUCAACAGCCAAAUUUGGC